CAUCUGAAUGCCACCACCUUGCCCCACAGGUGCCCGACAUCAUGAGCAUCAUCCACGGCAAGCUGCAGGAGGUGGACGAGGAGCACGUGCGCAAGGCGGCCCAGCAGACGGUGUACAUCCUGGCGGCCCAGCACACCGGCGUGGUGGUCUCCAGCCUGCUGGGCAGCGCACUGCCCUUCGACAGCCACACGUGCGCCAUGUGGAGGGCCCUGGCCGCAGAGCCCGGCCUCACCGCGCAGAUCCUGGAGCAGCUCCUGGAGAAGAUGACGCGGGACGUGCCCUACAAGGAGAGCAGAGCGUUCCUGCUGGGCGGCAGCUCGGA